AUGUCAGACCGAUCACGACCCACAAGAAUCCCGACAAUAAAGAAUCAACUUUUGACAAAAACUCUUAUUACCGAUUCUCCACCCCAGAAUAGCUAUUUCAAGUCCAUGACAUGCGAAGGACCCAUAACAAUCUUAGGGGAUUCCAUGAUAAAGAUGAUUAAACCACCUAAACUGAGUCGAUCAAUAGGCGAAAAAGUCAACAUCAAAACAUUUCCUGGAGCAACAAUUAACAACAUGAACCACUACAUACAACCCACAAUGAAGAAGCAACCCAAACUGGUGAUUCUACAUGUAGGAACUAAUGACAUUCAACGUAAAGAACCUGACGAAAUUGUACCCAAAGUUUGUCAAAAAUAG